AUGGACAGCCGUAGCGACAGGAUUAGCCUAUACGAGUGUACUUUGGCCGUUGCGAACUACUUGAGUCUUGUGGUACUCAAUAUCUCAACGGACUUCCUCAUUGUAUCGAUACCACUACCACUCUUGUGGGCCGUCAAGCUCAGUAUCAAACGAAAGCUUGCUAUUGGACUUCUACUCUGCUCGGGCAUAUUCGUCAUGAUCGCCGCGUUGCUCCGCUGCAUCCUGUCGCUCAAGGACAUUGAAGGUAUCAAUGUUAGCACCAUCUGGGCAAUUAGAGAGACUUUUGUUGGAAUCAUCGCCGUGAACGCAGCCUGCAUCAGACCACUGUUCUCUUCCUCACAUUGGUUGAGGUCUACUAAGGGCAGCAGCGGAGCCAACCAGAAGUACCCCGGCUCAGGUGACAGAUACGGCCAUCAGUUAGUCACAAUAGGAGGUGGAGGGCAAAGCGCCGAUCGAUCUGGAUUGCCUUCAAAGAGACGGUAUAACAAGUACAACAUGACGGAGCUGGACAACAACUCAAGCGAAGAGCAGAUUGUCAAAUCGUCCGACUCAGCCAGCUGGCCUCAAAAUGGAGAUCGCGACGGCAGUCUGAACAGCAAAUCUAGCGGGCAGCACGGUCAUGGUGGUAUUGUUGUGACAACGACGUACGAGGUGAGGCCCGAAAACAGAGUUUGA